CCCCGUGAAGCGAGGAGAGACCUCCGAAGAAGGGAUGGGAGUAGGAGACCGCGUGUAUGCCUCCAAAAAGGGGGUGUAGCAUCUUCUCUUCAGUAACGCAGUGAACAGUGAACACGUUCGGUGAAGCUGCCAGUUUCGCUCUCACUAUUUCUCGAACCACAUGCUACCGCAUUUCACUUAUCAACGAUCAUAAACCAGCGAUAUCGUACUUCGCGCGCAACCAAUCACAUUAAAUCGGUAGACAUUUUGGUAGCAACAUGUUCUCCAGAUUAACUUUGACCUUGGUCAUCUUCGGUUUGAUUCUACUCGCGCAGUCAGGUCUGGCAUUACGAUGUUGGAAUUGCGCUUCGAACGUGAACGCGAUGUGCGGUGACCCAUUGAACGUUACCGAUCAUCACUUCAAUUUCCAUACGCCACAAUGCGAAGCCAGCUCGUACGACACCUCGAAGCACAUCUGCCGGAAAAUCGUGAAGAAGGAGGACGGUGAACGAGUGGUGAUCCGUCAGUGCUCAACCCCGUACGUGGACGAGGCGGACAUCACGGACGGUCCCUGCGGCAACACGGCAACUAUUUCAGCUCGAGGCAUGGUCGAAUCCUGUCAUAUUUGCAGCACCGACUUUUGCAAUUCCGCGACGAGUGCAUCGGUUAUGCAACCGCUUUUCAUCGCUGCGCUGGCCGUCGUCGGCCAUCGUUCCCUGCAAUCGAAAUACAAUUUCCUUUAACGAGGCGGGGAGUGCAUCGAGUAUUCUCUUCUUCCUUUAGCAAUAAUCAUCUGGGAACAAUUUUUUAUGAUUUCACAUCGAUUUCUCUACAAGAAUAAUUGUUUGUUUCAGACUCUGCAUUAGUUGAAACGUGUUUACUAGACUGCGGAUUUUACGUAUUUACCGAAAGUAUAAAGAACGCGUAAAGCGAAUGUGUACGCGAGAGAAAUUGUUAUUUAAAUUGAUAUCGUAAAACGUUUUAUUUCGCAUAAAAGUCCGCAGAUCAUUUUCUUAUGUCUGCCGUUUUUCUUAUAGCUUGUCGAAGUCCUUCUUAUCUGUAGCAAUUCGAGCAGUAAACGGGUAAUAAAAUUGUCAAGACAAUUUCAGAUUUGAUCAUAGCAGCGAGUAACGAAUGGUGUCAUGUUAAAAUCGACCGAGACAAGUUCGUUAACGUUUUAUAGUUAGGCAUACCUCGUUAGUCGCGUACUAAAUAGAGCGGUUUACGCGUUAGAGUAGUUGCGUCACCGUGCUGAGAAGCUUUACUUAAUCUAAUCGACUAUUUAACACGGUCUAGAAUUAUUUUCGUAAGGAAACUAAUUGAAAUAUUUUUGUACCAUGUCUGUAUAUAAGCCUGACACGUAUGACGUGGUUGUAGAACUAAAAUUUAACUCACGUCGAUCCAAUUUAAUACGUACCUUGUAACCACGAAAGCUGUGCACUUGCGUUGCUGUUAUAGAAAUUUUUUAAUCGAAUUUGUUACGUGUAGAUAUUUCUUAACGCAUUCAAUCUUGAAUUAGUAAUAUUAAUCCCUUGAGUCGUGAAACUACUUUAAGGAACAAAAAUUGAAGAAAGUAGCUUAUCAGGAAUCCGUCCAAUGUAUACGAUAAAUCAAAAUUUUGCUUUCGCUUUCGCGUCUAGCGAAUAUUUGAUAUAAUUAGCGUUUCUCUUAUUUUCUUAUUAAAUUCGUAGACUUA